UGAGUGUGCCCAACAAGGUCACCAAUCCAGUUUGUUUUCUCUCCCUACCCGUUUAUCUCCCCCGCGUGCAGAGUGCCGACAUCAAGUAAAGCAUGAGUCUUUCGAUCAAUCCAGCCAGCAGCCACACUCGCUGCGUCAUCGAUGUUUAGGGGGGGGAGAAGAAAGAUCUAGCCUCUUGUCAGACAAGCUCCGGAAGCCUCUUCACAGCCGGCGUUGUUUUUAUAGAAGGGUCUGAUCUCUGUUGGAGUCCAUCGUCCGUCAUGUCAUCCUACCAUUCGCUUUUCCCGAUUCGAAUAGCCGAUCCUCUAUAACUCCACCAAUUCCUCACCCUUCGAUCCUCGGCUGCUUUUCGGACCUACAUACUCACGGGUCCAUCAUUCACCCCCCCCCUUCCUCCCUAAAAAAAGACAGCCCCCAUCCACCAUGGCCCAGAACGGGGACCCAUGGUCAGACACUCCCACGGCACGGUGCGGCAAGCAUCCCGUGCGGUCCGAGGAGAUCCAGCGACGUGGCACAUACGUCAAUGCGCAAGGACAGUUCGUGAAGUAUGAUUACAAUGAGACUCUUUAUGAUUCGGAUGGCUUCUGCGCAGUGGAAAGUUGCGCCUUCCGGAUGUACAACGGCAGGUGGAAAUGCCAUGUCUGCGGUGGUGGUCCCAACACCGAAGGACGCUGUGAGAGGAAGGUGGUCGAGAACGGCAAAAGCAGGACUUGCAACCAUCAGUGCUGCCACACGUGCCGGGCUUGGUGGUAAGCGGGCAGCCUUGGGUCAUUUUGGCGUUGGGGGUGUUCUUCUUCGUGACUCUGAUCCUCUUCAUCAAACAGG